AUGAGCGCACUCAACCACACCGCGCCGCGCUUCCGGUCGCAGGCUGCCCCACCAAUGGGCAUGCCGCUCGCACCACCUCCGACGCUGGACGUCCCGCCUCGCCUGGCAGCCUCGCUCGCUACCCCCAUUCCCACUCCUCUUGCUACUCCUCUUGCUCCUCCUCCCCCACCACCAAUUCACAUGUCCAGCUCCCAGCCGCACAUUCGCAGCGAGCGCUACGCUGGCGUCGACCAUAGUCUCGGUCCAAUCUUCAGCGACGAGGAGGACGGCGACGACUCCAACUACAUUGCUGCCAAGAUGGCUUCGCUCGGCCUCGACAGUAACCGCAGCAACGGUGCUGCGCGCUACUCGAAUGCGCGCCAGGACCACCACCACAACCAGCACGAAGUCAUGCCAUCCGAGUUCCAGCGCCGCCAGUUUGCCCAGCAGCAGCUCCUCCAUCUGCAGCUGGCGCGGCAGCAACAACAACAGCAGCUCGAAUAUCGGCAUCAGAACGCUGCGCUUCACAACUUGCUGCGCUCUACCAAUAACCCCCAGCAGAUUCGUGAACUUCUCGCGCUUGCUGAGCUGCAGCGUGCACAGGAGGCUGCAACGACCCCGCACAGCGCCUACGCACAGCAGUUCGCCGCGCAGCAGCUCUUGAACCAACAGGUUCUCCAGCAGCAGAUCAUGGCGCUACGGGCUCAGCAGAUGGCCACGGCCGGCCACCGUCAGGCGCUUGCUGCCCAGCUCGAGGCGGGAACGUUGCGCCGGGAACGUGAACGUGAGCGCGAGAUGCGCUCGCGACCUCUGAGCCCCGACAAUUCGCGGAUGCGUGCGGCAUUCGAGGGCGCGCAGUCGGGCUACUUUCCGACCACGACCAUCUCGCCGCCGAUCGACUCUGCAGUUGGCGUCGGGUGGAGCUCUACGAUGGGCAAGCCGCCGCCGGCUCCUUCAUCACAGGAAUGGCCAUUCGGUUGGAACCAGGCCCCGCAUCAUCACUCGCUUCCAUCCUCGAAGCGCACACCACCGCCGACAUCGUCAACCAGUUCGAGCAUUCGGGCGCCUUCCCCGCCCUCUCUGACUCCCCCUCCCUCUGCGCCCGCAGUGCCUCUCGGCCGCUUUGCCCGAACUCGCCAAGAGCUGGCAGAAGCGCAGGCCGCGGCUCCCGGCGCCCCGACUCUUGCAACCUUUUUAUCCCGCCGCCGCCAGACUGACGACGACGCCCUGUCGACCUCAUCGUACCCAGAUGCCACCUCGCCCAUGUCUGAGACGGCUCCCUCGAUUGGCCGCGGCCCUUACCGCAAGUGGUCUGCUGAAUCUGGACGCAAGGUGUCCUCUGACCUUGGGCACGUCGACCCGGCGUCGUAUCUGGAGUGGGGCUACCGCGCUCCCGCGCCGCGCUCGCAGUCGUUUUCCGUCUCACGCACUGCCGACGACCACAAGCCGCGUCUGUACAACCACAUUGCGCCGGCCCCCACUCACGCGGUGGUGAGCUACGUGACGCGCCAGCCAUACGGCCCUCCCGGCUCUCCCGAGGAACUCGCUCAGAAGAACUUCGCCUCGCGCAUCCGUCGCAAGGUCGGCCAAAACCUCGGUAUGCUUACGCGCCGCACCGAGAUCACCGAUGUGUAA